AUGCCGCAGAAGCUCACGGUCGCGGUGGCGCAAGCCAGCACCCAGUCCACUCUAGCAGCCACCUUGGCGGCACUGGAGCGAGUGACUCGUCAUGCUGCAGCCCGCGGAGUGCACUUGAUUCUCUUCCCGGAGGCGUAUUUGGGAGGCUAUCCCCGGACCUGCGACUUUGGCACAGCGGUUGGCGCCCGUGGCGCUCAUGGUCGCGACCAAUUCCUCGAAUACUUCCAUGCCGCGGUCGACUUGGGCGACACCCCAACCGGAGCGGGAGACGACUGGGUGAACCGGAGAUUGCCCCUUCCACGAGGCAAGGAAUAUCGCGGGGAUGGCACCCGAGAGGCACUGGAGAAGAUCUCCCGCGAAACGGGCGUGUUCAUUGUGUGUGGCGUCAUCGAGCGCGCCGGGGGUAGCCUGUAUUGUUCUGCCAUCUAUGUCGACCCGCGCGAUGGCGCCUUGGGCAAGCGGCGGAAAGUAAUGCCAACGGCCUCGGAGCGUCUGAUCUGGGCUCAAGGAUCGCCUUCUACCCUCAAGGCUGUCACCACCGAACUCAAUGGGGUUCCGCUGACCAUCGGAGCAGCGAUCUGCUGGGAGAAUUACAUGCCGAUGCUUCGACAGAGCCUGUACUCCCAAAAUGUCAACCUCUAUCUGGCCCCGACAGCCGAUGCCCGCGAUACCUGGCUGCCGUUGAUGCGCACAGUGGCUGGAGAAGGCCGUACGUUCGUUCUAUCUGCCAACCAAUGUGUGCGACGCCGGGAACUGCCCGGGUGGAUCACAGCUAACUCCCAGGACAAAUACGAUGGCGAUGAAUAUGUAUGUCGGGGCGGCUCCUGCAUUGUCGGACCCUUAGGAGAAGUUUUGAGUGAGCCCAUCUGGGAAGUCAGCACGGACGAUGUGACAGACGCCAAUGAUCCCAAUGAUCCAGCCAUGGCAGCCGCGCUGUCAAUCACAGAGAUCGAUGUGGGGGAUUGUGAGCGCGGCCGGCUGGAUCUGGACGUGGCAGGCAGUUACUCACGCAAUGAUUCCUUCAAGCUGACCGUAGAUGGGCUGGACCUGAACCCCCCACCAGUAUAA